AUGUCUACCUCAACUGUUGUGCUCAUCACUGGAGUCAAUAAAGGCAUCGGGAAGGGACUUCUGCAAAAGUACCUUGCUCGACCGAAGCAUACAAUCAUCGGUAGCGUGCGGGAUACCAAAGCUCAAGCAUCCCAAGACUUGGACAAACUUCCCAAAGCCGAAGGCUCCCGCCUUCUCCUCGUCGGCAUCGACAGUAUUUCAUCGACCGAUCCUCUGCAGGCGUUCAAGGAUGUCGAAGCAGCUGGAAUUGAACAUGUAGACCUCAUCAUCGCCAACGCUGGUAUGGGCCCCAUGCCACCCAAGAAGCUGGACACCGCGGAAAUCGAAACAGUAGAGUACACCCUGCAGGUCAACACUCUGGGUCCCAUUCGUCUCUUCCAGGCUUUCAAGCCACUUCUCGACAAGUCCACUUCGCCGAAGUGGGUUUCGGUGUCGAGCGGUGCUGGCUCCAUCACCAAUUGCGAGAAGUACAUGGCGUUCUAUGCUGGUGCUUAUGGCGUGUCUAAGGCCGCUCAGGAUUGGUUCACCGUAGCAAUUCAUGCCGGCAACCCUUCUCUGGUCACAUUUGCCAUUCACCCUGGCCAUGUUCAGACGGAGAUGGGCAACAUCGGUGCGCGCAUCAUGGGGCUUAAAGAAGCACCGCAUACGAUUGAAGAGAGUACUUCGAAGACGAUAGACUUGAUCGACAACGCAACCCGCGAAAGUACGUCGGGCAAGUUUAUCAACGUCAUUACCGGCCAGGAAAUUACUUGGUGA